AUGUCUGUAGACAAGAAGAUCAACGUGGGUGUGAUCGGCUACGGUCUGAGUGCAAAGGUCUUCCACAUCCCAUUCAUUCAGGCUCUCCCCGACUACAACUUGUAUGCUGUCGUGCAACGUAGUCCAAAGUCAGGCGAUGACGCUUCAGCCGACCACCCCGAGAUCAAGCUGUUUCGCAAUGCCGACGACAUGUUCGCUGACAAGGCCGUCGAUCUGAUCAUUGUCACCAGUAUCCCGGAAACACACUACGAGUUUACAAAGAAGGCCAUCGAGAGCGACAAGCAUGUCGUUGUCGAGAAACCAUUCGUUCCAACAUCUCAGGAGGCCAGAGAGUUGACCCAACUGGCCAAGGACAGGAACCGAUUGCUAGCUGUCUACCAAAACAGACGGUGGGAUCAAGACUUUGUUACUCUGAAGCAAGUACUGGCUUCUGGUAAACUGGGCGACAUUGCUGAAUUCGAGACACACUUCGACCGCUUCCGUCCGGAGCUUCCCACUCGUACCACAUGGAAAACCCUGGCUACUCCGGCGAGUGGUGCGCUUUACGAUCUGGGAAGUCAUCUCCUCGAUCAAGUAUACCACCUUUUCGGUGCGCCGAAAUCCGUCACGGGCUUCGUUCAAGUGCAACGAAAGGGGCUCAAGACUGGUGAUUGUGCGCCAGAUGCAUGUACGGUACUGCUCAAGUAUGGAUCACCCGAGGAUGAGAUGCUUGUCACCGUCAAAAGCUCUGCCAUCAGCCCAGAGCAAGACCAGCUGAGAUUCUGGGUCCGUGGAACCAAAGGCUCCUUCAAGAAACACAACUUGGACGUUCAAGAGCCUCAGCUUCUAGCCGGUGUCAAACUGAGUAGUUCUGACUUCGGUGUCGAGCCGGCAUCCUCCCACGGCACCCUUACAGCGGCUGCUGCUGAUGGAAAGUUCAACCACGAGACUGUUCCUUCAAUCGAACCGCCACCUACUUAUGUCGAGUACUAUCGCAUCCUCGCCAGGGUAUUGAAGGGCGAGGGCGAGGUUCCCGUCAGUGGAGAUGAUGCCGCUGAUGUACUGAAGAUCAUCGAGCUCGCUCAACUCUCAUCAGACAGCGGAAGCUCGCAAUCAUGGUAA